ACGUGGUGCGCGUGUCGAAGGUCACGGCGCGCGCACAAUGGAGCUCUCGGCGUUUGUGCAGAGCGGCUUCCAAACGCUGGCAGAUCCCAGCUGUUUCGACUCCAACGCCUUCGCGCUGCUGCUCCGGGCGGCGUUCCGGAGCCUGCUGGACGCCCGGGCGGACGAGGCCGUGCUAGAUCACCCAGAUUUGAAACAUAUCGACCCAGUGGUUUUAAAACAUUGUCAUGCAGCAGCUGCAACUUACAUUCUGGAAGCAGGAAAACACAGUGUUGACCAAUCAACUCUCAGCACUUAUCUAGAAGACUGUAAAUUUGACAGACAGCGGAUAGAACUAUUUUGCAUGGAGUAUCAGAAUAAUAAGAAUUCUCUAGAAAUUCUACUGGGAAGUAUAGGCAGCGCUCUCCCUCAUAUAACUGAUGUUUCUUGGCGCCUGGAAUAUCAGAUAAAGACCAAUCAGCUUCAUAAGAUGUACAGACCUGCAUAUUUGGUGACUUUAACUGUAGAGAACAAGGAUUCCCAGUCCUACCCAGAGAUUAGUUUUAGCUGCAGCAUGGAACAAUUACAGGACUUGGUGGGGAAACUUAGAGAUGCUUCAAAAAGCCUGGAAAGAGCAACUCAGCUGUAAUUUGCGGAAGCUCACGAUCCAUUGGCUCCGUAGGAAAACCAGAACCGCCUUGCCUUCAGCCGGUCCAUCGCUUAUGCAAAUUGGAUGUCCUUGUUUUCAGCAGAAAAGACGUUUCUCUUAAAGUUUUGCCACCCGUUAGUUCUGGCACUUUCUUACCCGCGUUGAAAGGGUUAAGAAAGAAAAUCUGCCCGAGUAUUUGACUCAUUUUCAGUAUUAACUACGUAUUUUUUCUAUUUUCGUCGUUUCCAAGCUCUAAGAAAGCAUUGUCCCCUGAAUAAAUGAGGUGAUGCUCCCACUAAAA